AUGUCUGAGGAUAGCGACGGGCAGCGGCAAUGCCGCCGGGGCGUCACCGUCGACGUGGAGCUCGACGCCGCCAUGGCGCUCGCCGACAUGGCCGGGGUCGGGCCGGCCGGCGAGCAGCAGCUGCCGCCGGUGCGGCACGCGCCUCCUCCUCCCCCUCCUCCUACUACUCAGGAGGACGAGGAGGAGCUGGCGAGCACGCGGCUGAGCCUGGAGCUGGGGAAGGUGGGCAUCCAGGCGUCCCCGUGCUCCAGCAGCUCCAGCGCUGGCGGCGGCGGGCACCCGCCGCAUCAUGCGCACCACCACCAGGCGUACCAGCAGCAGCCGGUGCCCGCCACGGCGGCCGGCUCCGGGACACGGCCCCCGCACGCGCUCACCGAGGCCGAGAAGGAGGCGAAGCGGCUGCGGCGCGUGCUGGCCAACCGGGAGUCCGCCCGCCAGACCAUCCUCCGCCGCCAGGCCAUCCGGGACGAGCUCGCCAGGAAGGUCGCCGACCUCUCGUCGCAGAACGAGAACAUGAAGAAGGAGAAGGACAUGGUGAUGCAGGAGUACCUGUCGCUCAACGAGGCCAACAAGCAGCUCAAAGAACAGGUGGCGACGAGGACGGCCAAGAAGGCGCCGGCGGCGGUGACCGCGGCGAUGCCGGCGCAGCAGCAGCAGGCGGAAUCCCUGGCGGCGGCGUCUACGGCGUCCCCGCCGGCGACGCCGCCGCGGCCGGGGUUCCUGUACACCGCGGAGGCGCCGGCGCCGGUGGUGCCGGUGCCCUACGUAUGGAGCUCCUGGCCGCCGGGCGCCGCCGGGUAUGAGCACCACCACCACGGCAACAAGCCGGGCCCGCCGGCGCUCUGCCUGCAGCCCUGCGCGUGGUACUACCCGGUCGUGGCGGCGGACCCGCGCGGGUCGCCGUCGUCCGCCGCGCCCGCGUACGCGCAGCAGCAGCAGCCGCAGCCGGCGGGGGCAUUCCAGGACCCGCGCGGCGCCGUUGCAGCGGCUGAGCCCGUGGGCAGCCCGGCCGGAGGUGGCGGUGCGACGGCCGAGGAGGACACAGACGACGACCCCUGCUCGCUCACGCUCGGCCUCGACGUCGUCGACAAGCGGAGCGCGCCCGUCAGCAUCUUCCCCGCGGGGCCCGGCGGCGGCGGCGGCGGCGCGGGAGCGCAGAGCGACAGGGACAAGGCGGCCACGGCGGCGGAGGCGAGGAAGCGGAGGAAGGAGCUCACCAAGCUCAAGCACAUGCACGCCUCCGCCAGCCCCGGCGGCGAGCAGUGUUAG